GCAGCGGAGCCUACAUUACAGGUUUUACUGAGUUGAAGCCAGCAACCAAGAUAUACCGUAUAUUUAUUGAGAACAUCCUUCACCAUGCAGCCACCUAAGGGAUGCCUUCUCAUCACAUCUGUCCUGGUUGCCAUAGCAACUGUGAUUUAUGCUCUUGUCUGGUCUGUACAUUACUUCACUGUCCCAGUUAAAUACUAUGGCCCCCCGCAUCCCUAUGAUGAGGUACCACCAUUCCCAGGAGAAACUCCGGACAAUCUAUGGUGGCUUGUACAGAUUUCAGAUACGCAUCUUACCACUGUGGAAAAUCCUGAGAAGUUAGCACGAGCUCGAGAUUUCAAGAUAUUCUGUCAUGAACACCUGAAAGUCAUAAACCCAAUGCUUGUACUUCACACAGGUGACAUCACAGAUGGCGCUCCCCAUGCCUCACAGAACAAAGGAGAUUGGAUAUCAUAUCAACAGAUCAUGUCCGAGGCUAAGCUACCAUAUUCCUUGAGAUGGCUAGACGUGAGAGGAAACCAUGAUAACUUUGAUGUACCCUUCGAGCAGCAUGAAAACAAUUUUUACAGGGAGUAUUCUAUCCUAGGUGAAAAGGGAGAUGAAUCUUUUCUCUAUAAAAUGGAACUGCCAUUUGGGACUUACUCGUUCAUCCAUGUUGAUGCCCUUCUGAAGAUUGGUACCAAGAGGCCUAUCAACUUCUAUGGCAUAUUAGAUGAGCUGAAUGUCUACCAUGUCAAGACCUUGUCAGAAAGGGCCAAGGAGUCCCCUAGCAAUCAGACAAUAUACUUUGGUCACUACCCUACCUCAACGAUUCUCGCCCCUCAUGGACUCUAUGACAUAUUGAAAGGUGGGAUAGCUUAUCUUUGUGGUCACCUUCAUGAUCUUGACCUUAAGAAUGGCAUUAAGAGAAUGUACGUUCUACAGAGGUAUGGUAGCCUUGAACUGGAGCUGGAGGACUGGAAAAAACAUAGAAAAUUUCGCGUGAUGGCGUUUGACCAUGACAUGUUGUCCUUCACUGAUGUCCAGUUUGGCGAAUGGCCAAUCGUUCUGAUCACCAAUCCCAAACCAGCUCGGUUCCUGGCUCCGGGUCAUGAACCAGAAAAAAGGAUGGCUCAUUCAUCACAUAUAAGAAUGCUAGUCUUCUCUCCAAGUGAAAUAAGGAAAGUCAAGGUGGAGGUUGAUUAUAAGCCACUGGGUUAUGCCGAACCGGUAAAUGGAGGACCCCUUUAUGUAUUGCCAUGGAAACCAGAACGCUAUACCAGUGGCUUACAUUUGAUAGAAGUCACAGUCAAGGAUACAGCAGGGAGAUAUAAAACUGUCAUUCGUGAGUUUUCUCUUGACCAAUCAAGGCCUAAUCAACCGUUCAUGUCAUCGUUUGUUAUCAUGAUCAACAGCUUUAUAUUUUUGGUCCUGUGUAUAAUAGGCUUGGAAUGCGUAUGUGUGUUUCCACUCAUGUUCUUCAGAAGAUACACAGAGAGACCCCAAGCUGGUCAACAGCCGGUUGUUGCCUGUUACGCGCACUUUCACAAGAUAGGUACAUCUGGCAACCCUCUCUUGUAUGGCUUACUACUGCUUGUCCAUACAAAUGACAUCUAUUAUCCUCUUAUGAUAAUAGCAGUAUAUCCUCUUAUUGGUCCAUGGUUAGUAGGAGAGGUAGUGACCAACAUGUAUGGAACAUUAACACUGUAUGGAAUGUAUGUCAACUCUACAUUUAUCGCUGACAAGUUUCCAAUGCUCUUCUUCGUUACAGAUCUCCUGUGUGUUCAUCUCCCACUGACAGUCUUCUGUCUCCUUCAUCUAUCGAGAGCCUAUUACAUCCAAAGCUCCGUGAGAGUCAAACAUUCUCCUAAUCACUCAGGAAACAGGAUUAAGAACUGGAGGAGAUUGAUGGACAUCGCUCUUAUCAUCGUCAGCUUAUUUCUGCUCAAGUCCGUCCUGAGCCGGUCUCUGGGAACCAUCUCCAGGUUGACCCAUUGGUACGGGCGAUAUGCCUUCUUCGUGUCACCCAAAUACACAUGGACAUGCUUAAUAGUUGUGUACGUCGCAUGCAGAUGCGUGUACAUAGGCUACAAAGGAGCACCUGCACCGAUGAGAACAGGUGGGACUGAAGCAACGGAAAAUAGUGAAUAACUAUGCAAAUUAAACUCUGCUGCACUUCUAUGCUAAUUUAAUGAUAUGAAGAAGACUGACCUGCCCCCCCCCCCCUCUUCACGGAAGAAAGCAGUAACUACAUAUAUAUUUCAUUGUAAUUACAAUUACAACUCUUCCUUCCUUAUAUCAAUGAAAUUUCAAUUGAGGGCAUUAAUUACAGGAUUUUAGGCACAGAUACAGAGUUGGACUUACAUGUGCGACUUUGUCUGAAAAAUUUGACAAGCAAAAAAAGGUCAUUAGUCACUAAUGAGGGCAUUUUGUCUCCCUAAAGCCUGACUAUCUCCCAAAUGAAGGUGUUUUAUGGGCUGCGCUUGUAACUCUGCCCCCUUCCCCCCCCCCCUUGAUCCGCGUUUGGUUUUUAGGGUGAUUGCCCUAAUUAGUGUUAGGUGAAUCUUACCACCCCUGUUAAAUGGGCCAAAGCCAGAUUUAAAACUAACAGUUGACUUUCCCCUUCCUGGUAUUUUGCCCAGUUUGCAAGCAAUACAUUAUAAUGGAGUGUAUGAAAAUGUGGAAUUCCUUUUACUGUGUUUUUUUUUAAACGAAAUAAUUCCUUAAAUCAUUGAUAGUUCAUUAGAAAAAAUGAUUGCUUCCAAGUUUAAAAUAGUAAUGUAGAAUCACUGUAACUAUUAUUUUGAAUGAAUUUAUUCAGUCUUCUUAAUGACUUCUUUCUCUCUCUCUCUCUCUCUCUCUCCUUUGGUGCUAAACACAGGAAUAUCUUGUUGACAAAGGACAUUUGAGGCUAAUGGUAUACUCCAUAUAUAUCAAUCAGGAUUAUAUGAAAAUAUAUUUAUGGGAGCAUGCAAGAAACAUGCUUGAUUUCGGGGCUUGUGCUUGAUUUGCAAUUGGACGUAAGUUUCAGGCAAUGCCCCCACAAGUGGCAUUACAUAUUUUCCCCCUGGCUGUGCAUUGGGAAGAUGGCUACCUCCAGGGCCUGUUCUUACAAAACGUAGUGAUUGAUCUGAAUGAUCACAACCAUGGAAAGCUAGUUGUUAUUAUUAUUAUUAUUUAUUCGGCAUUUCAAAAUAUAUAAAUUAUAGUACAAUACAAUUUACACAAACAAUAGGACAUACGUGACAUAGUACAAAGGACCUGGAAUAGAGAUGAAGGGGCUGCCUGGGUUUGGAAAAGGUUAACUAAAUUACCAUGACCCACAGGUCUUCCUUCCCACACCCCUUCACCUCCAUCCAGGUCAGUAUAAGAAUA